UUGAGCUUUCAAGGCCACCGUACAUCUACACCAAGAAUUUAAGGUGCACAGACUGUAGGAAGGGAGUGCCAGUUGAGCAAGUGCUUCCUGUUUGUGUUGCACAUUUGACCUGUUCUGGGUUACUUACAAUGGCCAGCUACAUAACUCACCUUGAUGUGUCCCUUCAUGAAGAUGAGGAGCAAAUGCUCCAAUCAAAAGGCUUCAAGAAAAUCAAUGUUGAUCUGAACAAAGGGGCAGGAGGAAACUUCAUCUACAUUUGGUACAAAAAAGUAAGAAGCGCAGCACCAAUCACCAGAGUUCAAGUUACAUUCAAUGAUGACAUGGGUGUUGGAUUGAUCAAGGCAGGGUACACAAAGAUCCCUAAAGACCUCAAUGCUGGAGCAAAAGGUGAUUACAUCUACCUUUGGUACUUCAGAGGAAGCACAAAGUACGAUACUCCCAUUGUGGACAUUGAUGUCACUACAGAUGCAGAAAGUGAAGCUAGCAAGUUUAGCCUGGACUGGGAGAGACUGGUCUGUGAUCUGAACCGCAAGGCUAAAGGGAACUGGAUUCAUGCCUGGGUGAAGAGAGAGACACAGACAUACAUCUGUGAUGUCACUGCCACUAAUUCCUACGGAUCAGACAUCGACUACUUUCAGGAAGGUUACAUCCGUAUGGAUGAAGAUACUAAUAGGGAUGCAAAAGGAGCCUUUGUCUUCAUCUGGUACCGUCAGACCACUGACCCCCACACUGCACUCAAGGAUCUGCAAAUCUCCACCAAUGGCAACGAGCGUCAGGCCUUUCAGCAGCAAGAUUACCAGCCAGUGAGUGUUAACCUCAACGAGGGGACAGGAGGAGACCCGGUGUACCUGUGGUACAAGAAAAAGGAAUUUAAAAAUCCCAUUAAAGGCAUCACCCUGCUUCUCAACACAGCUGCUUUUGCAGAAUAUGAGAAGGCUGGUGUCACUGUCAUCAAAAGAAAUCUCAACACAGGCAAUAAAGGCAGCGUUGAGUACCUGAGUGUUAAUCAGUGAAAGCAUGAGAAAGCCUUCAUGGCAAAAUAGCUUAGGAGUUUCAACACUCACUGAAGUGGAAAGCACAGACCAACAAUUUUUUUCUAUAUAUAUAAUCAUUAAUUAAUUAUAUUACUUUAGUACUAUUGGUAAUAUCAGAAAGGGUAUAUGGAUUCUACUUUUAAACUUGCUGUUAAUGAAAUCAAUCUAUUUCGAAUGGGUGUUUUUCAACAUUGAUGUUAAUGAUUGAUUGAAUGAAUACUAAGGCUCUAAAUCACUAUAUUUCCUGCUUUUCAAUAAAGACUAUAGUGCAUGUGAA